GCAGGUUUACAGGAAAUAUCACUAUCAGGAAGUAGAAGAACUUUUCGGCGAUAUUUUCAUUUCUCUAACUUAAACUAAAAAAACAAAAGAGUGGACUUUUACUCGUUGUCAGAAUUUCAGGCGCUUAGAACAGUCAACAGGAGCUGCCGGAGAGGUCAUGAACCGCGUCCCUCUGCAGCAACCACAGAGCUGUGGGCCCUGGGAGCUGAAGGAGCGUCUGGGGACCGGAGGCUUUGGAAAUGUCACUAGGUGGCAAAAUAAGGAAACGGAGGAGCAGAUUGCUAUUAAACAGUGCCGCCAGGAGCUGAGUGAGCGAAACAAGGAGAGAUGGUGUCUGGAGAUACAGAUGAUGAAGAGGUUGGAUCACGCUAACGUGGUGGCGGCGAGGGAGGUUCCUGAGGGGAUGCAAAAGCUUGUGGCCACCAACGACCUGCCGCUGCUGUCGAUGGAGUACUGCCAGGGAGGGGAUCUGAGAAAGUAUCUGAACCUCUUGGAGAACUGCUGUGGAAUGCGAGAGGGCUCCGUUUUGAUUCUGUUGUGCGACAUUUCCUCAGCGCUGACGUACCUCCACAAGAAACGGAUAAUCCACAGAGAUCUGAAACCUGAAAACAUUGUCCUGCAGCAGGGAGAGAAGCGGUUGAUCCACAAGAUCAUCGACCUCGGCUAUGCAAAAGAGCUGGACCAGAGCAGUCUUUGCACCUCCUUUGUGGGAACGUUACAGUACUUGGCUCCAGAGCUCAUCGAGAGGCAGAAGUACACGGUCACUGUGGAUUACUGGAGCUUCGGGACGUUGGUGUUUGAAUGCAUUACUGGAUUUCGCCCCUUUUUGCCAAACUGGCAACCUGUUCGCUGGCACAAUGAACUACGAAUGAAGCAAGACAUUGACAUUGUCGUCUAUGAGGACCUCUCCGCUGUGGUCCGCUUCUCCAAACAUCUUCCUCAGCCCAACAACCUCAACAGUCUUUUAGCAGAGAAGCUGGAGAGGUGGCUGCGGCUGAUGCUCAAGUGGUCUCCGCAAGAAAGAGGCAAAGAUCCUGAAGCCACACCCAGCAACUGUUUCUCCCAGCUGGAUCUUAUUCUGCAGCUCAAACUGGUUCACGUUUUGAAUAUGACGACUGCGAAGAUCCUGACAUAUUCAGUCUCCAAUGACGACACGGUGGCCGACCUGCAAAAGAGGAUAGAAGAGGACACAAGCAUCCCUGCAGCCAAGCAGGAGCUGCUGCUGGAGGCCGGUUUAGCCUUGGAGGCCCAAGGGUCGGCCAUGCAGUGUGCCAUUGAUUACAGCGAGAUAGAUGGCCGACGGACAGACUUACCUCUCGUCUUCCUGUUUGAUCGCUCCUCUUGUAGUUACGAGCCACCGUUGACGCCUCGCACCCUCCCCGAAAACAUCUGCUUUGUUCAAAAUGACCCCAAGCACGUUUUGGCCUACAGCCAUUUGAGGAGGACUUGUGGCCAGGCAUGGCACAGCAUCCGCUCCCUGAAGGAGGAUUGGCAGAGGCUACAGCAGGGACAGAAAGCUGCCAUCAUGAGCUUGCUGAGGCACAACUCGUCACUUUCUAAGCAAAAGAAUGAGAUGGUGUCCAUGCACCAGAGACUCAUGGCUAAGCUGGACUUCUUCACCACGAGCCUUCACAUAGACAUGGACAAAUACCAGGAACAGACCGCCACCGGGAUUGCUUCAGAGAAACUGCUGGGAGUGUGGAGGGAAAUGGAGCAGACCGCUGUCAGCUGUGGUCAGCCCAAAGUGAGUGAACUGGAGGAUGAGAUGAUGCACCUACAGCAAGACAUUCUAGACGUUCAGCGCCAGCCGUGGAGGAGCGGGGAGGCUUUGGACACACUUGAGGGAAAGGCCAUGGAGCUGCUGCGUAAACUCAGAGAGAAACCUAGAGACCAGCGGUUUUCAGGUGACGGCCAGGAGGUAGUGCGCUUGGUUGUUCAGGCAGUGCAAUUCUACGAAAGGAAGCUCAGAGACUUCUACACACAUCUGAGCAAGACAGGCGUUUGUCGCCAGCGUGUGAUGGAGCUGCUGCCAAAGGUGGAAGGUGUGGUGAUGAAGAUGGCUGAGAGCGAACAAGUCCUGAUGGGUCUGCAAGAGAAGCGACAAAGGGAGCUCUGGAACCUCCUCAAAGUCGCAUGUAGUAAAGUUCGGAGCCCCGUAAGUGGGAGUCCUGAUGGAUCUCGAACACCCUCUUCAGUGCCACCCCUAAUGACCCCCAGACACAGUUUGCAGCAGUUGGACGAGUCUCUGGUGGAGGAGAGCAGGAAUUUUGAGAGUCGACUGCAGAGUUUGCUGCAUGAUACCAUCCAGGAGUCGGCGAGCAGUAUGGAGAUGUUAAGGGAGUGGACGUGGCUGCACGGAAGCCAAAGCUUCUCUAGCGACCUCUCCUAGAUUGGGACGUCCUCUGCUGCCUCUGAGUGGCUGUGAGCACAAACUACACAACUGUGUUCAACAGAAGGGAAAAAGGCCCACCUUUUGUGACUUAUUUGAUGCACAGUGACUUAAUCCACGUAUUUCCAGUCUAAAAAGCACUGUCGCAAAUUUUCAAAUAUUCCACAUUUGUAUGUUAUUUAUGCGUUCAUUUGUUGUUUUGUAUACACAUUUUAACAAAUUUAGAGGCCCCAGAUCAAGGGUGUGAAGUGUCAUUCUACACAAGAUGGCCAAUCUUGUUACCUCCCCAUCACAACCACCAUGUUUCUGAUUGAGUUGAGAACAUAAUCCGUUACUGGUCACUGGAUAACAUCCAAUAUGGAGACCAUUUUUACUAAUAAUAAUUGUAAUCAUUUACUAUUAAUAAUUUGCUCCGCUACGGCCAUUUUUUGGUAACAUUUUCAGAUUCUUAACUGUCAUAAAGUGUAAAAUGAAGUUAGCCACGGAUAACAGUAAAAUGUCAAGCCAAUAACAGUCAAGUAGGUAAGACAGAAAGUAAAUUCAACUAAAAUCAGCAUCUACUCAGGGAGAACUUUGUCUUUUUUAAGAUUUACAUGUGUCAAGGCAACAUUCGCCAUUGUAUUAUAUCUUCUCAAGGGGAUCACACUAUAGAAAUUAAACGUGAUGUAACUUAAUAGUAGUCAGUGUACAGCUGUCCUCUGAAAAUGACUCAACACACAGCCAUAAUUAUCACACACAGAACCGCCACUCCUCAUCGCCAGCAGCACUCAUGCUGCCCCAGACCAUGGCGCUACCACCACAGUUACCUUGCUGCUUGCUUGUGUUGCCAAUAAUGGCUGUGUGUUGGCUCAUUUUCAGUGGAUAGUAAGUCUAUACUGCUAUACGAGCUGUACACUGACUACUAUUAAGUAUUUUCCCCUGGGAAGAUAUCUCAUAAAAGUGGUUACUGAAAUGUGAGAUGUACUCACUUUUGUAAGAUAUUGCACACUAUGUCUCCAUCUGUUGGUACCUAAAAGAGAGGCGGUCAUACUGUCAAUGUCCUGUUACAUUAAUGUUGUAUAUUAUUUUAGACGUUGAUAUCAUGAUUUAUGAAUUUGUAAUGUUUACGUGUCAAGGCACAGAAACAAAUGAUCACCACAUUGUUCAUUUUUUUAUUCCACUGAUUCAAUAAAAUCAGUUAAGAGAACUAACAUUCUUAUACAAGCAUAACAAGGGAAAUGUUGCUGAACACAACGGGACAAGAGCCUAAAAAAAUAGACCUUUAGGGCAACUGAAGGCGCUGAGGUGAAGUGGUGGAAUUAUAGGUGACUUCACCUUUUAUUGCACUGUUCAUUAGAGUCACUGUAUUUGGCAACAAGGCAAAAAUGGUGAGGGAAGUUUGCUUGCAUGCAACAAUGAAACACCCAAGCAUGCACAUUCUAAUAGUAAAUUAUAAAUAUGAGAGCCAAACAAUUUGAUAAUAAAGUUGAAAUAAGGACUAUUCAAUAUGAACAAGCCCAAAAUUAUUCAUACCCUGGUCAAACAUGACAAAGUCAUACAAUACUGUAAGAAGUGCGAAAAGAUAUAAAAUAAAAGAUGCCCUUUUAGUUGUUUUUUUACAUUUGAGAAGUUUAGAUUCCUGAUCUUAUUGGAUAAUUUAGAGGAAAUGCAGUCUUUUCCACAGUUUUAAUGGAUCCAGGUACUUUCAAUUCUAAUCUAGUACUAUGAUUCCCAACCACCUGUGCCGUGGGAAAUUAUCCAAUUGAACAUAAAUGGUCUGAAAAUUAUUAUUUACUAGAAAUUAGGGAUGCACUAUAUUUUUUUGUGAUGAACCUUUGAGUCAUCUCUGGGAAACUUUUUGCACUUUUCAAACACUGCGGCGAUAGGACCAAGCCCCGGGCGUCGUAGCGAUGCUGGUGUUUCAGGUGGCUGAGCAGGUUUGAUGUGUUGAAGCUCAAUGUUUUUUUUCCCCCUCAUCACAGAGCAUUUGAUGCAACUAGCAUGGGAAAUGUCUUCCUCUGGAACAAUGAAUGUUGCUUUAUACAAGUGAGCACAGGGGAAGUUAUAGGUCGUUAUCACAUGCAGGUGAAAAAAAGCAUUUGAUUUGCUCACCAGCACUGUACACGUAAUCUUACCUCAUUGGAGAAUUUUUUUUUUUAAAUUAUUGUAUUAUUUUAUUUAUUCUUUAUCUGAGCUAUUUUUUAAUGUCAUAAUUAAUAAAGUCGGUCCGAUAAUUAUCAUGCACCCCUACUACAAAAUAUGUAUCUGUGUUUAUCUGUGGCAGAGAUGUAUAUGACAGGCAAAACAAAGUAAUAGCAGAAGGCACAUAUUUAACCAACUCAUUAUUUUAAUACAUGUACUUUUUGUGACAUUUUUGUUUGGUGAUUGUGCAGCAAGACUUUUCUAAUGUAGCUUCUG